AUGCGGUAUAACCUAAAUGUUCUUCCGUUUAGAAAACAUGAUUCAACCUUUUGGAAAACUGGCAGACUAAAAACAUUCGAAGAUUGGCCUUUUCAAUCUUCUGAUAAUUCAUGUAAUCCUGAGAAAAUGGCUGCUGCUGGUUUUUUUGCUGUAGGUAGUAAAGAAGAGCCUGAUUUAGUUGAAUGUUUUAUUUGCUCCAAACAACUUGAUGGUUGGAAUCCUGAUGAUGAUCCAUGGGAGGAGCACGUUCAACAUCAGUUAAAUUGCCCAUUUAUUAAUUUAGGAAAACCCGAUGAGACUUUGUGGACUGUAUCUGAAUUAUUUAAUCUCUUCAAAAAAUAUACAGUGAAAGAAUGUACACGUGAAUUGAACAAAGCUAUAACUACAGCAAAAGAUGAAAGCGUAAGACUAGUGGGGGAAAUACCUCACAUUUAUAUGGAAUUAAGAAAGAAUACUACAAAUCAAAGUUAA